AUUUACACCAAACCCGAUGAAUGUAACCAAGUCAACCGUUGUUCACACAUGCCCGGGAGGCACGGAGAACAUUAAAAAGCGAGCGAACUUGGCUCUCAUCCUCCUCUAAUGAGAGAGGAGAAAUUUUUAAAAAAAAGAUAGCAAGAAAACCAGCAAUACCUCUCCCUGAUUAAAAAAGAAAGAAAAAAAAAAGUGUCAUUCUCAAUAUAAAGGAAAGUAACAAGCUACCUCGUACAUUUCCCAAAACAAAAACAAAGCAAAAGAAAAAAAGAAAAAAAAGAAAAAUGCCUCCAACCCACAAAAAAAAGCAAAAGGGGCUCCCCCAAUCCUCCACUCUCAAAUCUAUCCACAUAACCCUCCACCUCCUCUACCACCGUAACAAGAAUCAGCACCACGGCACGAAAUGGUGGAAAUGGCUGGCGAUGCUAAAGCGGUCGAUGAGCGCAUUACUUGGGGCCGUUAGGAGGUGGGAAUGGGAGUGGGAUGAAGGGGAUGGUGAUGAGGACGGUGGCUUCCGUGCCAAAGUGCUCGAGAUGAUGCGAUAUAUGCAUGUCUUUGUUGUGCCGAGGUGUUACGUCGCCUUCUCUACCGUCGUUGCGGAUACACAAUUCUCCGCUCUGGGCGUCGUCCUUCUCGCGGUUCUAGCUCAAGCUGCAAAGACAGUCGCAUCUGGAGAGAGAUAUCAAACGGAGCCCGACGCCAAUACUGGAACCGGCGUAACUUUGACCUCUACCACUACCACUGCUACCACAGCCGUUGUACCCGCCAAUCACGAGGAGAGUGUUGAUGUUGAUGUUGGGGAGGUGGUGAAGAGAUCGCUUUACCUCCCCGGCUUGGUGGUGGAUUCUGCGGCUAGUGGUGAGAACAGAGGAGGGAAGGAGAAUGGGGACGCCGGACUCAAAGAAAAAAAGGGGGGAAAAAGUCCCCUGAUUUUAGAUGCUGCUGGGGAAGAGCGGAAGGCGGGCAUGGUGAAGAAGUUGAAGCGGGAAAGUCCACUGUCGCAGUUGGGUGUGGAUGAGAAGGACGGGGAAGGGGAAGAGCGGCAGAAGAGGAAGAAACUUAAGACGAAGCGAAAGCAAAAGCAGAGGGAUGCGAUUGAUGAUAUCUUUGGGGGAUUGUAAUGUAGGACGAUUGGAAUUUCUUCUUCUUUGGGAUCGGGGUAUUCAGGGGCAGGACAAUGGCGUUUUGUGAUUAUUUUAUUUUAUUUUGCUUUCUAUUCUGUAUGAUACCAGUAAGAUAUUUGUAUUUCCAAAACUAUCUAUAAUCUCUACAUGCAUGUAUUCUCUAUACAUGGCUGAUAAAAUUUUUAUCUAACAAAUCGACACGAAUAUGACAUGUCCAAGGAGAAGAUUGACAGCCAGAUGCUGUACUAAACUCCAAGCCAUGAUAUACAAAAACUUUGGGGAGAAAACCGUCCAUAUGAAGAGAUGAGUCCGCAGCACGGUGCAGGCCAUCAU